GCGGAGCCGGCCCCCCGACGCCGAGGCGGGCCCCCCGCGCCCGCAGCGCCGAGAACAUGAGUGAAAACUUGAAGGACUGUUUGAUCCAGACCCAGACUUCCUUAGGGGAGAUGGUGACGAUAAAAACAGAGGCUUGCUCUCCGCGCCGGGACCAGGAGUAUGGACAACCUUGCUCUGGAAGGCCUGAUCCACAGUCCAUGGAUGUGGAACCCAAGAAACUGAAAGGGAAACGGGAUUUGAUCAUGACUAAGAGCUUUCAGCAAGUGGAUUUUUGGUUUUGCGAAUCCUGCCAGGAGUACUUUGUCGAUGAGUGCCCGAACCAUGGUCCCCCAGUGUUUGUGUCCGACACCCCUGUGCCUAUUGGGAUCCCUGACCGGGCAGCGUUGACCAUCCCACCUGGUAUGGAGGUGGUGAAAGAACCCAAUGGGGAGAACGACGUGCGCUGUAUGAACGAAGUGAUCCCUAAAGGUCACAUCUUCGGGCCAUACGAGGGGCAAAUCUCUAGCCAGGACAAGUCUGCAGGAUUCUUCUCUUGGCUGAUCGUUGAUAAGAACAACCGCUACAAAUCCAUAGAUGGGACAGAUGAAACCAAAGCAAACUGGAUGAGGUAUGUGAUCAUCUCCCGAGAGGAGAGGGAGCAGAACCUGAUGGCCUUUCAGCACAGUGAGAGGAUUUAUUUCCGCGCCUGUCGUGACAUCCGGCCUGGCGAGAAACUGAGGGUCUGGUACAGUGAGGAUUACAUGAAGCGGUUGCAUAGUAUGUCCCAGGAGACCAUCAACAGAAAUCUCACUAGAGGAGACAAAAAGUUACAGAGGGAGAAGUCAGAAAAGAAUAUGGAAAAUCAAGAGGACAUGCGGGGGCUGCCCCAGCUCACCACACUGAAGCAAGGGAAGAGCCCUUACAAACGCAGCUAUGAUGAGGGGGAAUCCCACCCCCAAACAAAGAAAAAAAAAAUUGACCUCAUCUUCAAAGAUGUCCUAGAGGCUUCUUUAGAGUCUGCCAAGUUGGAAGAGAACCAGUUAGCAACAAGUACACCCAUUUCCAUCAGAAAAGCAUCUAAAUAUCAAGCUGAAGAUAUCUUUGAGAGGUGCAGCAGUGCGAUGCAACACAGCUCCCUGAAUUUCAGCAGAGACCGGGGUGAGGGGGAAUGGAAGAUCCCCCAUAGUUCCUCUUUUAGCUCAGCCAAAGAGAUGGGGCUUCUUGAAGAUGAAGAAGAGGAGCCUCUGUCACUCAAAGCAGACAGCCCAACUGAGCUGUUACUGGCCUCUGCUCAAGGCAAUUCUCAUGAAAUCCCCACCACCUCCUUCUGCCCCAACUGCAUCAGGCUGAAGAAGAAGAUCCGGGAGUUGCAGGCUGAGUUAGAUAUGCUAAGAUCUGGAAAGUUACCUGAGCCAGCAGUGUUACCGCCUCAGGUACCCGAGCUCCAAGAGUUCUCUGACCCCACAGCUUCAGAAAGCAUCAUCUCUGUUCCCACGAUCAUGGAGGACGAUGACCAAGAGGUGGAUUCUGCUGAUGAAUCAGUUUCCAAUGACAUGAUUGCUGCUACAGACGAGCCUUCCAAAAUGUCUUCUGCAACUGGUCGGAGGAUAAGGCGUUUCAAGCAAGAGUGGCUUAAAAAGUUUUGGUUUCUGCGGUACUCCCCGACACUGAAUGAAAUGUGGUGCCAUGUCUGCAGGCAGUACACAGUGCAAUCCUCUCGGACUUCAGCCUUCAUCAUUGGCUCCAAGCAAUUCAAAAUACACACAAUAAAGCUUCACAGCCAGAGCAACCUCCACAAGAAGUGCCUGCAGCUUUACAAGCUCAGGAUGCAUCCAGAGAAGACAGAAGAGAUGUGCCGAAAUAUGACCCUGCUGUUCAAUACGGCCUACCACUUGGCGUUGGAAGGCAGGCCCUACUAUGACUUUCGGCCACUGGCAGAACUACUGAGAAAGUGCGAGCUCAAGGUGGUCGAUCAAUACAUGAAUGAGGGAGACUGCCAAAUCUUAAUUCACCAUAUUGCCCGGGCUCUUCGAGAGGACCUGGUGGAACGGAUCCGACAGUCUCCCUUCCUCAGCAUCAUUCUGGAUGGGCAGAGUGAUGACGUGCUUGCAGAUACAGUUGCAGUUUAUGUGCAGUACACAAGUAGUGAUGGGCCUCCAGCAACUGAAUUCCUGUCUCUUCAAGAACUGGGCUUUUCUACAACAGACAGUUACCUCCAAGCAUUAGACAGGGCUUUUUCCAGCCUAGGAAUACGAUUGCAGGAUGAGAAGCCAACUAUUGGCUUGGGAGUCGAUGGUGCUAACGUUACUGCCAGCCUGAGAGCUAACUUGUUCAUGACAAUCAGAAAGACUUUGCCAUGGCUACUCUGCUUGCCAUUUAUGGUACACAGGCCCCAUUUGGAAAUUUUGGAUGCAAUUAGCGGGAAAGAGCUUCCAUGCUUGGAGGAGCUAGAAAAUAAUUUGAAGCAAUUGCUCAGUUUCUAUCGUUACUCUCCCCGACUCAUGUGCGAGUUGAGGGUCACUGCUGCCACUCUGUGCGAAGAGACCGAGUUCUUGGGAGACAUCCGAGCAGUGAAGUGGAUCAUUGGGGAGCAGAACGUGCUCAAUGCUCUGAUCAAGGAUUACCUUGAGGUUGUGGCCCAUCUCAAAGAUGUCAGUGGCCAGACCCAAAGGGCAGAUGCUUCCGCAAUUGCCUUGGCCCUCCUGCAGUUUUUGAUGGACUACCAGUCAAUUAAGCUCAUCUACUUCUUGCUGGAUGUAAUUGCUGUGCUUUCACGCCUUGCCUAUGUCUUCCAAGGGGAGUACCUUCUUGUAUCGCAAGUGGACGAUAAAAUCGAGGAGGCUAUCCAGGAGAUUAGUCGGCUGGCAGACUCACCUGGGGAAUACUUGCAGGAAUUUGAGGAAAACUUCCGUGAAAGCUUUAACGGCAUUGCUGUGAAAAACCUACGGGUGGCUGAAGCCAAAUUCCAGUCAAUCAGAGAAAAGAUCUGCCAGAAGACCCAGGUGAUCCUAGCCCAAAGGUUUGAUUCCCGUAGCCGGACAUUUGUGAAAGCCUGUCAGGUAUUUGACCUCGCAGCUUGGCCCAGAAGCACUGAUGAGCUCAUGAGCUAUGGGAAGGAGGAUAUGGUACAAAUAUUUGAACACCUGGAGACAGUCCCAUCGUUUUCCAGAGAGGUUUGCAGAGAGGGGAUGGACACCCAAGGGAGUUUGCUGAUGGAGUGGCGAGAACUCAAGGUGGAUUAUUAUACCAAAAAUGGUUUUAAAGACUUACUCAGUCACAUUUGUAAAUACAAACAGAGAUUUCCCCUCUUAAAUAAAAUAGUUCAGAUCCUCAAAGUCCUUCCCACCUCAUCGGCCUGCUGUGAGAAGGGGCGCAAUGCGCUGCAGAGAGUGCGCAAAAACAACCGCUCUCGGCUCACGCUGGAGCAGCUCAGUGAUCUUUUGACAAUUGCUGUUAACGGGCCACCCAUUGCCAACUUUGAUUGCAAAAGGGCACUAGAUAGUUGGUUUGAAGAAAAGUCGGGCAAUAGUUAUGCACUGUCAGCUGAAAUGCUGAGCAGGAUGUCGUCUCUUGAUCAGAAGCCGAUGCUGCAGAGCAUGGACCACGGCUCUGAAUUUUACCCCGAUAUUUAGGAAGGAAUGCCUCAGAUCAGAAAGCUGUUGAAUAAUUUUUUUAAAUCUAUACUCUAAACUUUGAUAUAUUAUAAAAAUAUAUAUAUAUAUUAUAUAUAUUAAGGAAAAAACCCACACUGAAAAUUUAAAAAUUAAGGCGAUGUGCGUCUGAUAGAAGCUAAGCAGAAUUUUAAAGAUUGAGACAAUGUUUAAAAAUUUACUGGUGUCUCCAACCAUGGCAGCUGCAGUGUAGGUGGCAACAUUUCAUUCUUUAGAAGCUGUGCUGGGGCCAUACUCUACAUGUUCAACCCUAACAAUCUAUAAGCUGGAUGACGGGUCUUUGUCAGCCUCCUCCUCCCGGUGGUUUCCUUUGUAUGUGUAUUGUUGAUUCGUUGGGUUGUUUGUUUUAUUUUUCUCGGUUGUAAUCUCUGCCUCUCUUUUCAUUGUUUAGUCCAAUUAUUGAGCCAUUUGAGCCUUUUGUUGACAACCGUCAGUUUUCCGAUUUCCGACAGAGCAUCCCACAUGUUCAUUUUGUCCCCUGCUCUCAACUCCCCCCUAGUUCUCUUCAUUAGAGUGGAAGCUUUCUUCACUCACAAAGAUUACUGGGAGGAGGAAAAGAGUUGGGGUGGAAUUAUUUCUUUUUUCUGAUUUAAAUACAGGUAUCUCCACUAAACUGUGAUGCCCCUUCCUCAGUUCUCCCUACUUUUGGGCUGUAGAGUAGUACUUGGCUUUCAGCUCCUUUUAUGAUAACCAUAGUACCAGUCUAUCAUACCUAUAUUAUAACAUGAUGUCAUGUGCAGACUAUAAAAUAGCAAAAUAGAGAAGGCAGGGGGAAAAUUUUGCAUUUAUAUUUUUAUAUUGUAGGAGAUAAAAAAUAUAUAUAUACAACUAUUCAUUCAAAACCAGGGCUGCUGUGGAAGCUAGACAGCCAAUGAGUCAAUAGCCAUCUCUGGGCAGAGAUUCAAAGGCUUAAAAAAUUAUAUUCUAAUUUACAUUAUUUAUACUAUGUCUUUAUAAUCCUAGAUUGUUGUGGGUUUUUUGUUUUGUUUUGUUUUGUUUUUGGAAUGAGUGAAAGAAACACCUGCUGCAGUUUGGUGGCAGGGGCUAUCAAUGCAAGAUCUAUCUUGGAUUAUAAUCAUGUGAUGAUGUCCUAUAAAGGUUCAUGUAUUCUCUUGUGACCAAGGUAACGUGUUCCACAGCACAGCAGACUGAUGACAGCAGGAAGAAGGGAUGCUGUACUUCUUCCUGUGAAAUGUUUCUUCCUUCCUUGAAGGGAUGCAGAGUCCAGUUGAAAUGUGAAUGGGGGACUUGCACCUUCCAUCACAAAAGAGAUCGUUCUGAGAGCUUGGGGUUCUUUGUUUUAUUCUUUUAAAGUAAAUGAACUCCAUGCACUCACACAACAUCACUUCAGGUUAGAAAAGCAAAAAAAUAUAUAUUUUUUUUAAAAAGGGUGCAAAAACUCCAGAGAUGCUAGUGCCUUGCCCUGCUGAUGUGGCAUGGACAGCACCAACCUGACCAGAACAUCGCAGGAGUGAGAACCUGUUGUCCAGAAGGUGUCCAAGCUGACAUGUUCUCACUUCCCAGAGGGACAAGCUUUGUGCCAAGCUGUGUUGUUUGGAAACAUGACGGUGGUAUCAGCAACACUGAACCUUUCCUUUUUCCUGUUACCCCCCUGCCCUUGGUCUUGGUGCUAAGAUAUCUCUAGAACCGUUGCUGCUAGUUGAUAGCUUUUCAUUUAUAUAAAUAUAUAUAUAUAUAUAUAUAAUAUUAUUUUAUUUUUUAAACUUUUUUGUUUGUUUUCAAUGGAGAUGUAGCAUGUUUGGAACCGAUCUCUCUCAGAGUCACUUUCACUGCCAGGGUUCACGCACUGUCUUCCCCAAGAAAACACGCACUUCUACCUAAGUCUCACCUCCCACUAAUCAACCCGCCCUAAGCAGAACUGUGCAGUUAGUGUCAGGCAGAGAUACGCAACUACGCCACUACAUACUUGCUCAGCUUGUAAACCCGUGGAAAUGGCUAGACUGAUAUAUGUCAAGAGUUUUGGAAAUGCUUCCCCUCUAUUCCUAUGGCGAGGAGAGAUUGAGACUAUCUGAAGCACUAGUAAAGAUGAGUCUUUGUCUUCUUUGUUCUGACUCUGCUGCUUUUGCUGUAAAGCAGGGCUCUUUGGCUUGGUAGGUUGAAAGGGGUAGAGAAGACCCUCCAAAAGUUGCCGCGUUAGCUGGGCAGAUGGGGUACAGUCCAUAGCACUUAAUCCCUUUCCCCUCUGCCUCGCCUCACGCGGUAUAUUCAGCUUGUGUGCUUGUUCAGAUGCAGGAGAGCGGGUCUGCUGGGUGACACCGUGGGUGAAUCCGCGCUGCGGGAUGAAGACCCAGGCGCCCAAGCGUUUCUCCCUGGCAUCCUCAUAGAAAUGUUGAGAGUUAGGUCAGGAUGUUGCUCCAUGUUUGCGCAGGCAUGACAGCAUUUUACACCUAGCAAGCAAAAAAUGACGUUAUGUGCAUUUUUUCCUUUCUUUCUGCACAAAUUAUGUGAGCAAAUUGACCCAUUCACAUAGAAGAGUAAGAAUGAAUGUGCCACUGCACAGAUUGGGGCAGUUCUUUCUUUAACCAUAAAAGAGGAAUGUCUGUACAGGAGGUGUUUGAAGCCCCUGCAGGCCUGGAGAGUAAGCCUUGUUCAUGGUGCUGUCAUAAAGCUCACAGAUCCUUCCUUCAGAGGGGCUGGGAGGCCCCUCCCGUGGUUAAGAUUUGAGGCAUAAAAAAAAAUAGUAGUCCCUGUAAAAGCACUGGUGUUCCAUUAGGCUCUAAUUUGGAGAUGAGCUAGGUAACCUUAGAUGUUGGAGACAAGAAAUGAGUCCACGCAUCAGAGUGGAACAGGCGGACGGUGGAGGAAUCUCCUUUUUUAGAUAUGCACAGAUGUCUGGGAAACUGCAGCAGCAGAAACAAAAAUAACAAAAGAGGAUAUUUGAAAUGAGCUGCUGUGGGUGUCAAAGAAGCUGUAAAGACAGUUCUGCUCCUCCUCUUUUUUCUUUUUUCUUUUUCCUUUGCUGAGCUCCAUAACUCCUUUAGUGGGGGGGGAAAAAUCUGCCCUUCAGUUUGCAGCAAUAAAAGUUUCUUGGCAUGUGGCUCUUUUUCAUAGAGGCCCAUCAAACUGCCUGGCCCUCUUGCUGGAAAGGGACAGUUGUGGACAGUUUCCAGAUACUUUUGUAAAGAGAAACUAGUUUCCCUAGUGCUUGUGUUAAAUCCACUUAAAAGGCCCGUUUACAACUUCUAAUCUUCUUCGGUUUUGCCACUAGUUGCCUUUGUUGGCAACACAAAAGCUGCCAGAGACUUGUUCAGAAAUGCUUCUGCUAAUUCGUUACCCCUUUUCCUUCUGUUUGUUUGCAAAUCCCCGUAGUGUCAGGUUCAUCUUUCCCCGGGAGCUCUUACUCCUGACAGCUGUGAAACGUGCAGAGCGUGGUUUUUCUCCAGGCGGCCUGCGGAAAAGCGAAAGCGUUUGUUUCUCUUGCAAAAGCCUUGUAUGCAUCUGUGAAACGGUGUCAGUAGGAAGAAUGAUCCGCUCUGAGUGGGUGUUGCUGAUACCUGUGAACUGGAAAGGGCGGAGAUGGCUUGUCCGCGGUUAUGGGCGGAAAUGAGCGCUCAGUGCAGCAGCCAGCCCAGCCGGAGUCGCGCAGCACAAAGAAAUCCUCAUUGCCUUCACAUCAAAAAAAUAAAUCAAGCCUUUGUACAAGACAAAUGCAGGUGCUUUGGAAGCUUUCGCUCUGGGUUACCCGCCUAUCGCAGAUCGGCGGCUGUUACUCACAUGGAUAGUCCUGCGGAUCGAAACGUGACUGCAGGCACGAGUGAGACUGUCAGCAGGGAGGAAUGACAAUGCGAGGCGCCCUUGGCUUUUUAGCACCCUGCCUAGCGAGGCUUUUCUGAAAGCAGGGGCAUUUCAGUGCCCUUUUGCAAAUCCAAGCCAGCCUCCGAGGAGGACGGGA